CACUAACGGCUAACGUAAGAAACCUUUUUAUUGCCACGACCAUAUGGUUACAAAAUUAUUGUUGUUAUGGUAUAUAUAGUAAUGACCAAUGAGAUAAGAGUACUCACUUCCUGGGUUAUGUCUGAUGAUAAGUUCUAUGAGUUCAUGGUGAUUCACUGCAUUAUUAACUUUCUUCGUAAUCUGUAUAACAAUGCAAAUAUCAAAGAAUGCAGGAGAUUAACACAGAAUAAUCGUUAUUGACUCAUAUUGUUUUCAACAGUACAGUAGCAAACAUGGAGUCAAGUGUGCAGCAUCUAAUAAGCAAUGAAUACACAGAGAUUUACAGCAGAAUACCAUUUCGUCUACAAUUAUCCUAUGGAGUAGGACAUGUCUUAAAUGAUGUGUGUGCUUCUAUGUGGUUCACCUAUCUCUUGGUGUUCUUUCAUUUAGUUUUGAAUUUUAGUGCCUCAGAUGCUGGUAUCAUUUUAUUAGUAGGACAGAUUUCAGAUGCUUUGGCAACUCCAUUUGUGGGUUUCCAUUCAGAUCAAUCAGAUGAUUUUUAUAUUUGUAGAUAUGGUAGAAGGAAAAUUUGGCACUUGCUGGGCACGAUCUGCGUCAUCGGUUCCUUUCCCUUUAUAUUUUCCCCUUGUCCCUCAUGCGAGAACAGUCACAGAGAAGCUCAACUUUUUUAUUAUUGCAUUUUCGUAAUAAUAUUUCAAAUCGGAUGGGCUGCAGUGCAAAUUUCGCACUUGUCACUUAUACCUGAACUAACGCCGAACGAGCACGACCGCACAAAAUUGACUGCGAUAAGAUAUUGCUUUACUGUAAUUUCGAAUGUCGUAGUGUAUUUAAUCACAUGGUAUGUGCUGCAUAUAAGCAGUGAUAAUCCAGAUGAUGCCCAGAUUGGACCAAACGACGCACCAGAAUUUCAAAAGGUCGUUUGGAUCGGAUUGGCUAUUGGGAUUUUUGCGUCUUUUAUAUUUCAUAUUUUUGUGAAGGAAAGCAACGGGCAUACAGGAAAUGAUGUACGUGGAGGACAGCUUAGAACAAGCGUUGUUGAUUUGUUAACAAGCGUGGAGGUUUACCAAGUGGCUGUAGUAUACAUGUCUACUAGGUUAUUCGUGAAUUUGAGCCAGGUUUUCAUACCGCUAUACUUGCACGAAACUCUCAAUAUGGCAGCUAGCGCUUUGGCCUUGAUACCUUUAGUCAUGUUUAUUGGAAGUUUUGCAACUGCAAUGACUAUUGAAUUUUUAAACAGGGUUUUUGGACGCGGGAUAUCAUAUAUAUUGGGGACUAUUCUCGGGGUUUUAGCUUGCGUUUGGAUACAGCUCAGGGAUGGUCAAGAUUUUGUAACGUACGAUAUAUACGCGGUGGCCGUGUUAUUCGGCGCUGGGGGUUCAAUUAUUUUGGUAACCAGCCUUGGAAUCACCGCCGAUUUGAUAGGAGAUAAAACUGGAAGCGGGGCUUUCGUUUACGGCGUGAUGAGCUUCUGUGAUAAACUUGCUAACGGCAUUGCCGUGGUCAUAAUUCAAGAGCUGCACUCUGGGGCAGCGAGUACGUUCUACAGGGAUGUAUUAACUUAUGUUUGCGGAGGUUUCACUAUAAUGGGAUCCUUAGCUGUGCUUACCCUUAUGAAAAGAAGAGGAGGAGGUAGGGAAGGUUAUGAAAAUAUUCCUGGAAAUACCAGUAUUAACGACGACAGCAAUCUACGAGACUCAAUCGUAGUUUCCUAAUUUGGACAGGGUUGAUCCAAUUAUAGUUUAAUAACGAUAUAGAAUAUUUAUACAAUAUAGAGGAUUGUUAAAUACUAAAGAA